AGUCACCAUGUCCUGGCCCUCCAUUCUGAAGCGCCUCCUUGCAGUCUGUGUCUUCACGGUCUUUUCCGCAAGCACUGUGGAGAGCUUCACUUGUGUGAACUCUAUGUGUGCUAAUGGAAUCUGGAUUACUACCCCGGGUGUAUGUGAAACCUCACAAGGCUGCUUCAACCUAGUGCAGGAAUUUAAAGACCCAGUGUCAUCCGUGUCCCUGACGAUUCAGCAGAAAGGCUGUUUAACAGCGGCGUGCACCCACCUGACGUUCUCGGCGACACUGGACAGUCAGCGGACGAUUAGAUCUGACCAGCGAUGCUGUCAGGCUGAGCAGUGCAACAAGCAGGACUUACAGCUGUCUCAGCCGUCUUCACAGAUCAAUGGUGUCCAGUGUCCUGCAUGCUACAUUGAAAACGCCGCAACAUGUGACUCAGUUCCCCUAAAGUGUACAGGGGCAGAGACAAAGUGCAUUGAGUUUUCUGGCAAAGAUUCAGAAAUGCCUACUUUAUCUUUUUAUGGAAAGGGCUGUGCUACUGAAACCGCUUGCAACUUGAACAUGAACAUGUUUGGCAAUAUGAAAAUCCAGACCUCAUGUACCGAUGGGACCCCUCCAUCCACGUCCAUCUCAACAGCAACUACCGGGAGCCCUCCCCUCACGCUCAUCUCAUCAGUUUUGACUAUUCUGCUGAAAGUCUUGCUUUGAUGAGUUCAGGCCCAGGAAUCCCGUGGUCCUCCACAGGAAAUCCUAUGAUCCUACACACCUGAAUACAGCUUCCUGGAUCAGUUCCCUUCUGCAAUGGCAGAAAUAAAAC